AUGGUGGAGCAGAAAUUCUCUGAGUUGCCUCCUGGCUGGAGAUCAGAACAAGACAGGUUGACGGGACAAGUGUACUACUGGGACAUCGUAACCAAACAAACCUCAUGGUCGAAACCAACAAAGCUGACAGACGAAUCUUCUCUGACGACGAGGCCAUGUCAUGGUCAAGCAAUACUGCAGGACUUGCCAGAAGGAAUCCUUGGAACCAUGCACUGCAUGGGCCUAGGUUCAAGGUUCGGGGUCCGAUCAGAUGGGUCUGGAGUGGAGGUCACGGUUGACGGCUGCCCUGACCAUGCAUACUUCGAGGAUGUCAGGACUGCAGGGCACAAUUCAUGGAUCAAUAUGGUCACAUCGAAGUGCGAUGGGGAACAGGCAAGAAUGUACCAGCAGGAUUAUUUCCCUAAAUCUCGACAUCUUUCUUUCACUAUUCCCAAGAAUCCGACGGUCAAGAAUGACUCAAAGAUUUUCACUCCAGAACAGGAGAUUCUACAGAAAUUCGGAGGUUUUGACAUCUUGACAGGAGUAGUCGGGUUUGCAGUGAACGGGGAGAGUGACUGUACCACCCCUCAACGAUCAGACUGGUGGUUGGCCUUGCAUCCUGAGACCCAGGCAACUUCUGCUCUGAUGGGAUGGGCGCUGGAUGGGUUCCCGAUCUUUGCCCCCUAUGACCCUGAGACUGGAGAGCUGCAGGUUUCAAGGAGGUUUUGUAAUGAUAUCAGCCAACUUGAUGAAUGUAACGGAAAGUUCCUAGCAAAUUCGGGAUCUUACGCCUACUUUCUGAGCCCUGUGUACCCGUAUCUUCCAUCCUGCCUGCGCGGCACAAAAAUCGGAAAUUUUGUUGAAAAGUACUCGGAGAAUUUGAGGUGA